GACAUCAUUUUGAAGAAGUGGGGCUCUCAGACCCCUGAGCAGGUUAAAAUGCUGAGGAUCGGCCAGCAGAGCACCGACUGACCGUCCACCACCCUGCGGCUCACAUAGACGGAGCGGCCGGAGCUUCUGCGCAUCAUGCUGGGCGCCAAACACAAGAAGAACCGGGCCGGGACGUCCGAACCCAAGGCCAUCGACCCCCUGAGGAAUCUGGGGAUUCAGGAUGAUGAAGAUGUGAAGCAGAUGUUGCAGGGUUGCAGCAUGGUGAAAGUCCGAUCAGCUCGUUGGCAGAAACAACGAACCUUGAAGCUUCUGGAUGAUGGUGUGACUAUCUGGUGUCAAUCCCAGAAGACAUCCAGCCGGGCCAAAGAGCAACAAUCCUUCUCUGUCAUGGAAGUAGAGUGUGUUCGUGAAGGCUGCCAGUCAGAAACCCUGCGGCGGAUGGCAGGCUCAGUGCCAGAGGGUCGAUGUUUGACGGUGGUCUUCAAAGGACCCCGGAAGAGUCUGGAUCUCCUGUGCAGCAGUCAGGAGGAGGCCCAGCAUUGGGUCCGAGGCAUCCGCACUCUGCAGGAGAGAGUGGACAACAUGACCCACAAAGAGAAACUUGACCAUUGGAUCCAUGCUUAUCUAAGUCGAGCUGAUCAGAACCGUGAUGACAAGAUGAGCUAUGAGGAGGUGCAGACGCUGCUGCGGAUGAUCAAUGUUGACCUUAGUGAUCAGUACGCUCACAGCCUCUUCCAGAAAUGUGAUCGCUCUGCUGAUGGACGUCUAGACCACGAGGAGAUCGAAGUGUUCUGCAAGGAGUUGCUACGCCGACCAGAGUUGGAUGCUGUCUUCAUUCGUUGCUCUGCCAACAGCUGUGUCCUUUCCACUGUGGAUCUGAGGGACUUCCUGAGGCAGCAGGGGGAGGAUGCCUCCCUGACACACGCUCAGAGUCUCAUCCUCACCUACGAACUCAAUGAGUGGGCCCAGAGAAACCAGUUCAUGACCCCUAAUGGUUUCACAAUGUACAUGCUGUCUAAGGAGAACUGUGUGUUUAACCCCGAACACCUAAGAGUUUACCAAGAUAUGAACCAGCCACUGUCACAUUACUUCAUCUCCUCAUCACACAACACCUACCUCACUAAGGACCAGCUGACCGGGGACAGCAGCACAGAGUCUUACAUACGAGCUCUGAGUCAUGGCUGUCGCUGUGUGGAGCUGGACUGUUGGGAUGGAGACGGAGGAGAACCCAUCAUCUAUCACGGUCACACGCUCACAUCCAAAGUGCCCUUUGUGGAGGUGAUCAAGACCAUCAAUGAGUAUGCCUUUAAGGCAUCUCCCUACCCUCUGAUUCUGUCUCUGGAAAAUCACUGCUCCGUGGAGCAGCAGGCUGUGAUGGCUCGACAUCUCAAAGCCAUCCUGGGGGACAAGCUGCUCCUGAAGCCCCUCCCUGGGCUGAAAUCAUCUGCUUUGCCAAGUCCAGAGGAUCUGAGGGGUAAAAUCCUGGUGAAGGGUAAGAAGGAGAAGGUGGUGGAAGAAUAUCCGUCCAGUUCUUCAGAUUUGGACUCAUCAGAAGAGGAAAGCAGCUUUGAAAAGUCAUCUGGAAAGAAAGUCAAGAAGCCAGGAGUAUCCAAGUUGAGUCCAGAGCUGUCAGAGCUGGUGGUGUACACUUGCAGUGUUCCCUUUAAAAGUUUUGAACAUGCUGCCAAAAAUCCACCAACUGACAUGUGUUCAUUCUCUGAGAGUGAAGCCAUCAGGCUCAUCAAGGACUCAGGGAUGUAUUUUGUACGUCUCAACUGUCACCAGAUCAGCAGGAUCUACCCAUCAGGCCAGCGCCUUCAGUCGUCCAACUACAACCCUCAGGAGAUGUGGAACGCUGGCUGUCAAAUUGUUGCUCUGAAUUUCCAGACGUCUGGUGAGUCGAUGGAUCUAAAUCAAGGCCGGUUUUUGCAGAAUGGUCUUUGUGGGUUUGUCCUAAAGCCCCCUUUCAUGAGACAACCCAGCACCUCCUUCAAUCCAGAGAAUGUUGGAGGUGGUCCGGCUCACAAACCUCUGCUGCUCACUGUUCAGGUUAUUUCAGCUCAGCAGCUACCUAAACCAGAGUGGGACAAACCCAGCACUAUAGUGGAUCCUCAGGUAUGGGUGGAGAUCCACGGAGUUCCCAUUGACAACAUUAAGAAGAAAACUCAUCAUGUGGACAACAAUGGCUUCAAUCCACGCUGGGACUGUACGUUUAACUUCACCGUUCAUGUACCUGACCUGGCUCUGGUGCGCUUCGUAGUGGAGGAUCAUGACUAUACCUCUAGUAAUGACUUCUUAGGGCAGUUUACAUUACCUUUCACCAGUCUUCGCACAGGUUAUCGCCAUGUGCGCCUGCUGAAGCUGGAUGGCUCCAGCCUUUCUCCUGCCUCUCUCUUCAUCCAUGUUAAGAUCACUCCUGCUUAGUCAUCCACUGAACUUAGUCAUCAACUGAACUUUCCAAGUCUCCACUUGGAAGUGGGAGACUUGAUAUCUUUGCCGGGAUUCUGACUUUCCCUUGUGAAUAAUCCAGGUGGAUUCUGUUAAUAUGCAUUUCUGUUGGGUCAGUUGAAAUCAACUGACCCAGCUGCAGCUGGACCCCCAUGGUGUAGCAUCCUGUCAGGUCCUCACUGGAAUUCACUGAGCUCUGGAGAGUGAGCUAUUCUUUCACAAAUGUUUGUCAAAACAAUCUUCAACUGACCCAACAGAGUCAACAGAAAAUCUGUUGACACUACGCUGGAAGGUUUUAAAGAAGCAUGUGUUCAAAUGAAUGCCUGUAAAAAUCACAUUUACUGUGGUUAGUGGAUACUUGAAGACUGAUAUAUCUCAUAUAAUUUUUGUUUACACUGUUUUAUUCCAUAAGACAAUGAUCCAGUCUUGAUGUUUUGAAAUAUGAAGUAUUUUUAUCUAAGACUUGAAAAUUGUUAAUUCAAUAACACCAACUUUUCUGGAGUAGAUUUUUAUCUAAAACUAUAAGUUGUCUUUUUUCUAAUGGCUCUACACGAGUAGAGCCAUUUUGCUGACAGAAAUUACUUGUUCGAUUGUCGCAGAUCUCUCAUCUAAAUCAACCAAGGAUCAAUAUCAGGUUUUCUUCUGUCUAACCUUGUGUCCAGUCAUAUUUCAUUCACGCAUUCUUGAAGCUGAUUAACUUGAUUUAUUUUCUUCAGGUUUGUUUGUUGCCUAUAUUUUCAUAUAUUCUUAAAGUGAUAGUGCUUUAUUUAUUUACCAAGCUUUAGGGGAAUAAUUCAUAUUUUUGAUUGUUUCAAAUUUUGCAGCUCUGACAGAAAUCAUCACGAGGAAAGGCUCCUAAAGCACCAUCUGCAUGUCUUUUUAAACGUUUUAGAAAAACAGUUUUUUACAGUAGACUUCCAGAAAUACAUUUACCAUUUCUGCCAGAAAUGGUAAAUGUAUUUAUCAUGUAUUUUCUUUUCUGUUGGAUGAAGAAAACCAGAAUUUUAGCACCAGCAACUUUAUACCUAAAAUUAUAUUAGCUGAGUUUUAACAAACCAUAACUGCUUACAUCAUGUUAGAGGUAAAUAAAGACCUUAAUACUCAUCUACAAAGGCUGAAAACAGAAAUGAGUGACAAUACAGUCAAAAUCGGAAGAAAAACAAACUAACUUUCUGAAAACCUAAAGACUUACUGAACACUGUUUCAGAAAAUUACAAGAAAUAUUGACUCAUAAGCAAGAUAUAGGAGAACUACUUGGAUCACUGUAAACAGGAACACUGUAAUCUGUGUUGUGUAAUCUGUUGCUGUGUGAAGACAAAAGUAAAAUGGAACUAUAGCAAUAAAACAAGUUGUAAUUUA